GAGCUAAAAUACAUAACAUCAGAUACAAACGGCAAGAUCUGCACAAACUCUGCACACGAGCUCUUCCUCCUGCGAUUCCCAGUCUCUCUAAACUAUUAAUAAAAAUCUUUAAUUAUCUAGAAUUAAUUAAAAUCCUACAUCUCAUCGAUCGCACUUGAAUUUCGUUACACGUGAUUGACAAGCCCCUGUUUAGGAGACAAUGACGGUGGUGUCGAAGACCGAAGUAAACCUUCGGAGAUUGCUUGCGGCUGCUCCUCGCCAAGAGAACCAGGCAAAGCUUGUACAUUAUGUUGCGACUUUAAGAGAAUUGUUGGAGCAGUUAACUGAAGAGAAAACUCCUGAAGGAUUGCCGAGGAUAUCUAAGGCAAAGGUGAAUGAAUACUCGGAGAAGAUUCAAGCAGUUGCUACCAAAUUAGCUACACCUGUGUCCGAUGCGGAAAUAGCUGAAGAACCUAUUUUAGAGACUUCUUCCCAUGAAAGCUCCCCUAGGAGUGUGGGGAAUCAUAUUCCUGAAUCUCAAGGUCUGAGGAGAAGAUCUUCGAUUGUCAAGGAAAGAUAUAAUGAUAAUGUUGUUACUGAUCAAUCAAUGCCUGUAAAGUUGGACAAUGCUGCACAGACACAUAUUGCUAAGCAUAGGAAGCUUCAGGAAGACCUGACAGAUGAGAUGGUUGUAUUGGCACGUCAACUCAAAGAGAGUAGCCAAAUGAUGAGCCAAUCGCUGAAGAAUACUGAGAAUAUACUUGACUCAACAGAAAAGGCUGUGGAGCAAAGCUUGGCAAGCACCGGUCAUGCCAAUACUCGAGCAAUGGAGGUAUACUCCCAUAGUUUCAAGACUACCUGCUUCACAUGGCUUGCUAUCUUUGCAAUGACUUGCAUUUUCAUUAUGGUAGUACUGCUUAUACGGGUCACUUAAUGCAGACAGACAUCUCAAGAGAGGAAAUUAGCUUGUGUUUGUACGACUUACCACAUGAAAACAUGCCUUUUCUCUUGUAAAUUAUAUAGCUGGGUCAAUGUACUAGUUAUUAUAUUCUGUUGUAUAAAAAGUUGAGUUUCUCGAAGUAGAUGAGCAGAAUAAGGUUGUAUUUAUCAGUAAGGUGAAGGGUAAUAUUCCCAGCGGUAGGCGUAUAGCUUUUACAUUUUUCCUUGCUAGUUUGGUUUGUGUUGCUCUUGUUAUCAUUCUUUAUUCUUCUUUUACUUGAUACAGAUCUGAAGUUGAUGCGUUUCA